AAAGGAUAACCACGUGGUUUUCUAUUGUUUCUCGCAUGAUUGAGAACAACGAGAAGACAGAGAGAAACCAAAGCGACGCCGUCUAAACUCGUCGCCCCCAUCCGACUAAAAUCAUUCUCUGGAUCCGAAAAUACGAUAGCUGCCGCCUCCUACCAUCCAUGAACAUGAACAUGCUGGAAAAGCUAAAGAUGCAGAAGAAGGAGCCCCAGAAACCACCCGAGCCCCCACUCUUCUGGACCGAAAUAUCCGAAUCCGUCUCUCGCCGCUUUAAAUUCGAUAAAGACGGUCAACUCUCUAUGAAGAUUGUGGAUGAUUCAAGACCUGUAAUUCACAGAAUGAUCGACUCCUUCCUCAAUACAUUUUUCCCCUCGGGAUAUCCUUAUAGUGUCGGUGAAGGAUAUCUUCGGUACACGCAGUUCCGGGCUCUGCAACACUGCUCCAGUGCCGCGCUAUCGGUGUUAUCCACACAGUCACUGCUGUUUGCUGCAGGCUUGCGACCCACACCUGCCCAAGCAACUGCUGUGAGUUGGAUUCUAAAGGAUGGGAUGCAGCAUGUGGGGAAGCUCAUUUGUACCAAUUUGGGGGCUAGAAUGGAUUCAGAGCCUAAAAGUUGGAGGAUUCUAGCUGAUGUGCUCUAUGACUUGGGCACUGGCUUGGAAGUACUUUCUCCCCUAUGUCCACAUCUUUUUCUUGAGGUGGCAGGCCUAGGCAAUUUUGCUAAGGGGAUGGCAGUGGUCGCAGCAAGAGCGACAAGAUUACCAAUAUACUCUUCAUUUGCCAAAGAAGGCAAUUUCAGUGAUCUUUUUGCGAAAGGCGAGGCCAUCUCAACUCUUUUCAAUGUCGUUGGAUUAGGAGCAGGAAUUCAAUUAGCAUCUACUAUUUGUUCAUCAAUGCAGGGAAAGUUGAUUGUUGGACCUCUUCUCUCAAUCAUACACAUAUACAGCGUCGUUGAAGAAAUGCGAGCAGCUCCCGUAAACACGUUGAAUCCUCAGAGAACUGCAAUGAUUGUGGCGGAUUUUCUCAAGACAGGGAAAAUAUCCAGCCCUGCUGACCUUAGGUACCGAGAAGAUCUCCUGUUUACUGGGCGGCUAAUAGAAGAUGCUGGAAAUGUAAAAGUGGGAAGAGCUUUGCGCAAGGUCGUGAAGCCUUCAAAACUCCAUGAACUAAAACAAAUAUUCCCCGAGGAGAAUUUUCUUUUGAAUCGUGGAAAUAAUUGGGUCGACAUGGUCUUGACGCAUGACGCUACUGCUGAAGAUGCAUUGAGGGGGUGGCUAGUCGCUGCAUAUGCUGCAGAUAUGGAGAAGUCCUCUCAUGAGCCCAGUGCCAUUGUUCUGCAAGAUGCUUAUGAAAAGAUGAAUGAUGUGUUCUCUCCGUUUUUAUCUGAACUGCAGGCCAAAGGGUGGCAUACUGAUCGUUUUCUUGACGGAACAGGAAGCCGGUUUGCAUGGUAAUAUUAUGUAGUUUCAACAAUUCUGUACUUUUUCCAAGAUAUAGAAAUCCUUUGAUUUGCA